UAGCACUGCGGCAUUCAUCUGUCAAAUUGUUGUGUGUAUUUUCAAACACUAUUAAAACUGAAUAAAAAUGACUAAAAAACGUAAGCUUUUGUCCUCAAACUCCCUCAAAAUCGAAAAAGUCGAGGUGAAGGAGGAAAAUACGGGCGGAAAUGAUUAUUUGGUCGCGAAAGGGAGGCUCAAAGGAGUUUUGAGGCAACUAAAAGAGAGGAGUGAAUCCGAUGAUUCGGAUUCUUCCGAUGAUAACAGAAGGCACAAGGGGAAACGUAAGAGUGAAAUGCCAACCCCUUACCAUCAUACUUAUGUGAUGAAACUGUUUGAUAGAAGUGUGGAUUUGGCUAGAUUUGAAGAGGAUACCCCUUUGUAUCCUAUUUGUAGGGCUUGGAUGCAGAAUCAGCCCAGAAACCCUUCAGCAAUCAUAAAGAGGAGAAUAUCAUCUCCCGAGCCUGAACCACCAUGUUACGACCCGAAUGCGGAAAUUCACAGACUACCACCUCCAUCUAAACCUUGUGUUUCGAGGAUACCAUCUCCAUUGCCUGAACAGGCUCAAGAUAAGGACAAUAUUAACUUAAAUUAUGAUGAAUGCCCCCCAGUGGAUAAAAAUACCUUGAUUCGUAACAACUUGGAGAGGUGGGUGAACGUUAAGAAGAAGUGGAUAAGUACAGCAGCCAAAAAUGAGGAAAGAUACAGUUAUAGUAUGUGUAUAUUGCAAGUAAUUCAUAGCAAGGCUGCUGGAGUUGAAUAAUUAAUUAGAAAUAAAAAAUAUUUG